AUGGAUUUGAAUCAGUCGAUGCAGCAUUUUACUACCUCGUCGUAUGGGCAGCCGACUACACAGCAGAUGCUUAGUUUUAUGCAGAUGAACACUCUUGGAGGGGGACAUGAAAACAAUCCACCAAAGAACUUUUUGAAUCAACUGAAGGAAAACAUUGAAGCCUUCUGGAAAGAUCAAUCGACAGAAAUAUCUGAGGCUUCAGAUAUGCAUACUCACUCAGUCUCGUUAGCGCGUAUGAAGAAAAUAAUAAAAUUUGACAAAGAAGUUAAGAUGGUUACUGCUGAUACACCUGUGAUAUUUGCGAAAGCUUGCGAGCUGUUCAUCAUGGAGUUAACUCUACGAGCAUGGAUGCGCGCCCAAGAAAGUAACAGUGAAACUAUUCAUCGGAAUCAUGUGGCCAAUGCAGUUCGAGAUGAAGAACUCUUACUCUUCCUCAAGGACAUCGUUCCCCUAGCUCCAAAUCGCGAGGAGCCCGCGUAUGCACCAAUAAGCAAUCCUCCAUCUCUAAUGUCUGUCCCUUUUGGGCAUCCUGGAUUUCAACCUGAGGCCUAUUCGAUGAAUGCUCAAGCCAUAAAUCAAGUUUUUCAGGAUGCUGCCAAGCUUGAAAUUUUGGUGUGA